CUGUCUUUCUUCUACCUCCGAAUUGUCCUGUCUGUGCAGCAUUUCAUCUGCAAACACCCACAAAACUCCCAAAACUCUGUCACUAAUUCCAAAACCCAACACUUAUACAUCAAAAAAAAAACAUUCAUAAAAACAAAACUCAAAUUCAUAAAAAAAAACACUUCUCUUCAAUGGAGUCUCUCUCACGUCCCUUUCACUCCAAAAACCUUUCCGAUGCCCCCUACGACGUCGUUUUCUCCGGCAACCGUCGCAAAUACUCCCAACCGUCGCCUAUUCCCCUUCAAGAUUACCGUGAAAUUUUUAGCACCUCUGAAGCUUCUUCUAUUCCGGUUCUUGAUCUUUCUACGUUAACACAACCUGUUGAUUCUUUGAGCUUCAAUUUUAAAGAUUUGAAGCCGGAUUAUUCCAAGAUUUUUGGCGGUUUUUGUGACGAAAGUGUCGCUGUUUCGUACGAAGAGUUGUUUGGUUGCGACAAAGUGAGGGCGCCUUCGUCGACAUCACCAAGUUCACAAGAUUCGGAUAAUCUAUCUCGUCAGUCUCCUGAUGCGUUAAAGCAGUUUAGCAUGUCGUAUAACAAGAUCAACCCGAAAUCUAAAGAUGGGUUAGAUGGGACAAAACAUGUUACACAAGUACCUCCGGUAACUGGAUUCACUUGUUUCGUUGAUGAACCCGUUAUGGAAGCUGGGAAGCCGAAUCUAUCAGCAUUUAAUAUUAAAUCUUCAAGAAAUGUUGUGAGAAAAGAAAAUAAUCCUGUUGAGUCGAUCUCUGAAGAUAAGAAAGCUAAAACAUUUGAUGUUGAUUUUAAAAGAUGUCCCUCGAUGGUAUCUUCUUCACCGAUUGGUGUAGUUAAUGAUAAAGACGAUUCAAAGAGAUCGGUAAAUUCAGAGCCGAGUAAAACAGAUUUUGAUGAGGAAAUUGAUGUGAAUUCGGCUGCUUUCGCUUUGAAAAAAGCGAUAGAAAAAGCUCAAGAAAGUAUACGAAUUGCUAAAGAAUCGGUUGGAAGAAAGAAGAACGGUCUUCGAAGUUUUUCAAAUAAUAAAUUUAAAAAUAGCUCGAAAGUUGAAGAACAGAAACGCAGAGAUGAAGAUUCAUCACAAGGUUUUCAGGAUGUCGGUAGGAAUCGUAAAUAUGGUGGUACAGUUGUUCUUCCAAGUUUUACGGAGAGUGAAAAGCUUUUUGUUGCAAAGAAGUUUAUAGAUGAAAUACAUGAGAAAAUAUCGGAAUCGGUUAAAGAUAGUAAAUUUGUUGACGAUACCGUUGCUUCUAAUGCUACGCAAGUUACUAGCGAAACGGAAGCCAAACCGGCUGAUUCAGCUGGAAAAGAUGAACACGCGAAUUCGUGUUCUGAAGCGGUUGACACAGAAACAAGCAAUAUUCAGACUUCAGACUUUGUGCAUGAAUGUCAAACAGAUAACAAGAUUGUAGAUGAAUACGAAGCGGAAAUCGAGGUAAGCGAGCCCACCAUUGACAUCUUGGAGCAUCCGACUGUUGUGAAAGAACUAGAAUCAGAAGAGAAUGCUAAUGAGGUAUCGGAAGAUUCUAAUCGAAAUGAUAAUGAGAAUAGAUUAGAUGCGUCACUGGAGUUGCUAGAAAAUGAGAAACAAGAGAAUGUUCUUGAGCAUGAAGAAGUUGAGUAUGAAGAAAGUGAGAAACAUGAGGAGAUUGAAGAAGCUUCUGAAUUGGUUGAAAGUGAGAAAGAAUCCGAACAUGACCGAAACUCUGAAAUCCGCAAGGGUGAAGAAACUAGUGAGGUGUUUGAUGAUAUUUGUGAUAAUAAGUUAGAAGAAAGUGAAGUGAAUCUGCAUGAUGAUUGUGAGACGAAACAGGAAGAUGAUCACGCAGUUGAAAGCAAAGGGGAAAGAUUAGAUAAAUCUUGUGAUCAGGAAUUUGACGAGAAAUCUGUAGAAGAUGAUGAUGUUAUUGAAGAAACUGUAGAUACAGAUCGUGUUCAUGUUGCAAGCAAUGAUGUCGAAAUGAAUGAUGUAAAUGUGGAAACAACUCAAGACAUUGAAGUUUCUUGUGAAUUUCAAGCAGAAGAAGCAGAUUUCUGUGAAAAAACUUCUAUAGAUCGAACUGUAUCUGAUAACAAUGAGAGUGAAUACGAAGUAAAAUCAGACGAAAGUAAUAUUAUCGACAAUCUGGCUGAUCUUGGUAUAGAGAAUGAUGUACGAUCGGAAUCAUCUUCAGGUAGUACACAUGGUGAGAAGAUAAUUGAUGAAGAAAGUAAUAUGAUUGACAAUCUGGCUGAUCUUGGUUCGGAGAACGAUGUACGAUCUGAAUCCUCUUCCGCUAGCACACAUGGAGAGACGACAAUUGACGAAGAAAGUAAUAUCAAACCACCACGAACGGAAACACCCGACACCGAAAACACAAACGAAAUCAAAGGAAAGAUUGUUGAGGAGUCUGGGCCAAACAAAGUAUCACGAAAAGAUCGUGUUAAAACUAUUGACGAAGAAGCAGCUGCUAAAGAAAGGGAGUGGGAGAAAAACCGAUUAGCAGUCGAUCGAGCAAUCCGUGAAGCUCGUGAACGGGCCUUUGCCGAAGCCCGCGAGAGGGCUGAGCGCGAACGGGCUGCCGUUGAGAAAGCUACAGAGGAAGUCCGGCAAAGAAUGAUGGCGGAGGCCCAUGAAAAGGUUUCUAAAGCUUCAGUUAUGAAGAAAUCGUCUUCCGACAAAACUUCUGCACAGUCUAAGCUUAGAGCCGAACGGGCUGCAGUGGAAAGAGCCACUGCGGAGGCCCGACAACGGGCUUUAGAGAAGGCUAUUUCUCAGAAGACUGCUUCUGAGUUGAACCGUUCCGAAUCGGCUUUGAGAACAAAAGCAAAACUAGAAAAGCAUAACAGGAUCAUGGAAAGGGCGGCUAAAGCACUUGCAGAGAAAGAGAAGCGAGACCGACUUGCACAAAAGGAACAAGCUGAGAGAAAUCGGUUAGCCGAGAAUCUUGAUGCUGAUAUCAAACGGUGGUCUAAUGGAAAAGAAGGGAACUUGCGAGCAUUGCUUUCAACACUUCAAUAUAUUCUUGGACCUGAAAGUGGUUGGCAACCGGUUACAUUGACGGAGAUCAUAACCACAAGUGCCGUAAAAAAAGCAUAUAGAAAAGCCACUCUUUGUGUUCAUCCCGACAAACUGCAACAACGAGGGGCAACCAUUCAGCAAAAGUAUAUAUGUGAAAAGGUUUUCGAUCUUUUGAAGGCGGCAUGGAACAAAUUUAACUCCGAGGAGAGAUAGCAGCCUCAAGGAGGUGAUGGUAGCUGAAUUUUAUCAUGAACUGAACUUUCUUUGGUGAUUUAUUAAACGAAAAGAAAAGAAAAGAAAAGAGUUUAGUGUAGUGAGGUAUAUGCUUUCUCAUAUUUGGACAUGAUGCUGUCUGUAUGUGAGAAGUCAAUAUACAAGACUUUGACACUAAACAAUGUAUUCAUUUUUAAUUUAAUUUUUAUAACAUUGUCUUCUAGUUAGUUAUUUAAUGUACUUCACACCAUUUCUUUUACAAAUGCACUUUCAUAUAAAAGAUAACUUCUUUCUUUU